GUUGCUGUAAAAUAUGGGUUCUGAUCCAGGCAUUCUAACCAAAGAAGUGUUGGAGAACUUCAAAAAAGCGUUUGUGGCGGACAACAAAAAUAUAUUAAUCCAAAAUGUUUGCUCUCGAGUGGACCCCUUUGAGGCUUGCCUGUCUAGGAAACGAAUCGAAGAAACGCAGCAUGUAUUCAAUAUUAAAAUAGAAUCUGAGGGUAAACCAGUUACAAACCAGAAGAGUUCAGGUCGUUGUUGUGUAUUUGCUGCACUUAACGUCAUCUGUUUGAAAGUGAUUAAACAUUUUAACCUGGAGGAUUUAGAAUUCUCACAGGGCUACUUAUUUUUUUGCUACAAAAUAGAGCGUUGCAAUUACUUUCUUAAUUAUAUUGUUGAACCAGUAGAUGGACGUCUUGCUUCAUUUUUAUUAAAUGAUCCAACCACUGAUGGAGGUUAAUGGGACAUGUUAGUUAGUUUGGUGAACAAGCAUGGUUUGAUGCCAAAAAAGAAUUUUCGAGAAUCUCACAGGAUGAAUCAAACAAAGAGUAAGUUGAGGGAAUACGCUAAACAUAUUAGAGACCUUAUGGAGAAGGGCGCCAGUGAUGCAGACCUCCAAAGUCUGAUCCAAGAGCAAAUGGCCAACGUCUACCGAAUUGUCGGCAUCUUUUACUACGACAAGAGCAAAGCGUUUCACAAUAUCGGCCCCAUUACUCCCAAGGAGUUCUACGAUGUUCAUAUCAAACCGCUGUUUAAUGUUGACGACGAGGUCUGUCUCGUAACUGACCCGAGACCUACCAGUCAGUACGAGAGGGCUUACACCCUCGAGUGUCUAGGCAACGUGGUGGGGGGUCGUAGGUGCAUAUACAACAACCAGCCGGUGGGGACGCUUUUGGAGUUGGCGGCGAAAAGUAACGUGGAAGGGGUGGCGGUGUGGUUCGGGUGCGAGGUGAGCAAGAGAUUCGCCGGGAAAUUGGGCAUACAGGACCUUAAAAACUCAACUACCUUCUCAGAGAAAUGGUUGGCUAAAUUGUUUCCGAUUAACAAUUUAGGUCCUGACUGGUGUUUUACAUAA